UUGUUCUGUGAAUUAACCUUGUUUACUUUUGAGAAAAUACUUCUAAAUAUUUACGAAAUUAAUACAGAAAAUUUUAAUAUGUAGGAAUUCGUAUGAUCAAGAAUGGAUAUCAAGCUUGGUUUGAUGGUUGUUGGUGUAGCGUACUGCAUGAUAUACUUUUUCGAUUCCUUCUUCAAAAGUUGCGCCCAUUAUCCAUAUAUAAAAUUCCUAGAAGGCACAGGACUAAAAAUAGGGUUUUUCAAUCUGCAGUGGUCUACAACUGCAUUCAAUCGAGCUCUUUUACGAUUGGGAAAUGUCAGAUCCAACACAAAGUUCUUGAAUGUGUGGUUUUCUCUAGGAUUGAUAGCUAGUCUAAUACUUCUACCUAUUGCAAUCGUUCUAUUAAUUUAUAGCUUAUUACAACACUUUAUAUCGCCUCAUGAAAGCAAUUUGAUAACACCUGUUAUACCUGGAAUAAACUUGCCAGCCUCAGAAAUUUUUUUCUACAGUGCAACACUGAUAAUUUGCAGUGUCUUACAUGAGUUUGGACACGCCUUAGCAGCUGUGAAAGAAGAUGUGCAAAUACUCAACCUGGGAGUUAAUGUCUUUUUCAUUCUUCCAGUGGCAUACGUUAAUUUGAACUCUGAAAACUUGAGGUCUAUUGAUCCAUGGAAAAGAUUGAAAGUUUUAACUGCCGGCAUAUGGCAUAACUUAUUACUGUCUUUUGUCUGCUAUUUACUCUACCUGUCUUUGCCAUCAAUUCUGAGUGUUGCAUUCAACAGUGGAAAGGGUGUUGCUAUUUAUGAUGCUUCAAGGAUGUCCCCUUUGAUAGGUGAUAAAGGUCUCGAUUUUGGUGAUAGGAUUACAGAAAUCAAUGGUUGUGAGGUAAAAACUGAGGACUCUUGGGUAGAUUGUCUACAGAAUGUGAACAAAAGAAACGGAAUGUGUUUCGAUCCUGAUACAGUUCGUGAACUUGAUGAAACAUCAAUGUUAAGACAUCUAUCAAAUGGUUUAGUGGAAUGCUGUGAAGAAACUAAAAAGGGUAAUGUUUGUUUCGAAUUCAUCGAUAAGGAUGGUAGUGUUCUAGAGUUGCCUUCACAUGUAUGUUUACCAGCUCGAACCAUCAUGAGUAAAUCGAAAUUUUAUUGUUCCAAAUUGGAGCAUAAUUGUCCAAAGGGAUUACGAUGUUUUGUACCGCAAUUGAAUGGUACACACCUCUUCAAAAUCGGGGUUUUGAAUAAACCUGUUGUUUUCUACAUGGGUUUGACAGACGAUUUUUUGAGAACGUUAAGAGUGUCACCCUAUAUACCUAAAUUUUAUUUCAAAACCCCAGUUUUCGCUGAAACGGUACGUAAAAUGUUGGAAUAUAUCACAAUCAUAUCGUUGGGUUUGGCGAUUAUCAAUAUUGUCCCUUGCUUUUACAUGGACGGUCAACAUAUUAUUAACACUCUUAUGUACAUAUCAUUAUCUGGAAAUUUCGAUGGGGACCGAUUAGUACUGAUUUCAUCUAUGAUAUGUCUGAUUUUCACAGCUUUAUUGAUAGUGCAUUGCGUUUUAACAAUGUUGCCUUUUAUAUUUUGAAAAUAUUCCUAGUUGAAUGAUGAACUUGAUAUUAAAGUAUUACAAAUCUU